AUCGCUAAUAUUGAGCAAACAAAAGUUUAUUGUUUUGCGAGAAAAAAAUCAAAUUAAUUGUAAACAUGUCGCAAGAGGUUGAGGAGACACUGAAACGGAUCCAGAGUCACAAAGGCGUUGUAGGUACCAUUGUGGUCAACAAUGAAGGUAUUCCGGUGAAGUCUACUCUGGACAAUACAACGACCGUGCAAUAUGCUGGCCUGAUGAGUCAGCUGGCUGACAAGGCUCGGAGCGUUGUGAGAGAUUUGGACCCGUCCAACGACAUGACAUUCCUGCGGGUGCGCUCGAAGAAGCACGAAAUCAUGGUGGCUCCCGACAAGGACUUUAUACUCAUAGUCAUUCAAAAUCCAACCGAUUAGGCUGCUAACGCCCGAGAAUUAAAAGCUGAAAUUAACUAA